UCGUGUCUUCCUGAACCUGUCGUAAAACAGGUUUGCGCAUGCGUGGACCGAUCAAUAAUUCUGCAGACAUAUGCUUCUCGGACCGAUCGUGUAUUCCUGAACCUGUCGUGUCGUGACAGUACAACAAGUGCUACCUGGUACCUGGCCGUCAUGUCUGCUUACAUUCUGGGUUUGGAUUUGGGCACCACCUCGAUUAAAGCAGUUUUACUAGAAAAACAGACUAGGGCGGUUGCUGCAAGUCAGAGUUUACCAGCUGCUUCUGAUAUCGCAGAUUUCAGCGGCAUAAAAGCCAAGGAGCAGGACACUAGACGGAUUGUGGACACUCUCAACCGCUGCAUUGCACUUCUGCCGAGAGACAAGCUGCAGAAUGUGGCCAAGAUUGGGGUAUCAGGACAAAUGCACGGGGUUUUAUUUUGGAAAGCUAAGAGCGGUUGUGAUUGGUCCAAUGGCAACUUCUUCACGGCCGGUCACAUCAGUCAGCUGAUCACCUGGCAAGAUGGCCGAUGCAACAACACUUUCCUGUCUUCCCUUCCGAAACCGGACUCGCAUCUCAGCGUAUCCACAGGAUUUGGUUGUGCGACAAUCUUUUGGUUCAUGAAACACAGGCCCGAGUUCCUAAAGGACUUCACAGUUUCAGGUACUAUCCAAGACUAUGUGGUAGCCAUGUUGUGUGGCUUGGACAGAUGUGUCAUGACGCCUCAGAAUGCAGCCAGCUGGGGUUUCUACAACACAUCUACCAGCAUGUGGAAUGUGGAUAUUCUGAAUGCCACCGGCUUCCCUUUGCACCUGCUACCUCAGUGUGUCCCUUCUGGUAAGCUAGUGGGUCACACAUGUCAUGACUGGCAUGGCAUCCCUGCUGGUACGCCAGUAGGGGGCGCUCUUGGAGACUUACAGUGCGCUGUCUACUCCUGCCUGAGUGAAAAGACUGAUGCAGUUCUUAACAUAAGCACCUCAGCACAGUUGACAUUCGCUAUGCCAGCUGACUUCAAACCUCCCGACUUUCCUCAGCCGCACUCCUCCACCACAUUCUUCCCGUAUUUUGGCUGCUCGUACUUGGUGGUGGCCGCGUCACUCAAUGGAGGCAACGUGCUGGCCACGUUUGUGCAGAUGCUCACUGGCUGGAUGAAAGAGCUUGGCGUGGAGCUGAGUGAUCAGUCUCUCUAUGAGAAGAUGAUUCAAUGUGCGCUGAACCAAGAAAGCAGCGAACUCCAAGUGAUUCCGACCAUCCUGGGAGAAAGACACGCCGCUUUCUCUCUGGGUCAGAUGAACAACAUCUCUCCAUCCAACCUUUCUCUGGGUCACGUGACGAGAGCGGUAUGCCGCGGUAUCGUGGAUAACCUCUGCGCCAUGAUGCCUGUGGAGCAUCUGCAACAGGCGGGGAUCAGCAGGAUUGUGGGAAGCGGGAGCGCCAUCGCUCGUAAUGAGGUUCUCAGACAGGAAGUGGAGAGAGUGUUCACUCAGUCUGUGAUAUACAGACAAAAUGCUGACUCUGCUGUGGGUGUGGCUUUGGUCUUCUGUGACUGACUUGGAUCCACUGAGGAUGCUUGUGUCUGAGUGACAUCUUUCUUGUCAAGCUGGGAAACUAGUGGUUUUGUUUAAUCGAAGGGUUAAAUGGGCUAACGCAGUGGUCUUUUUUUAAUCUAUGGCACAUUCUAGAAAAAAAUUCAGUACGGACCACAUAAUAUUUGUAUGGCAUAUAUUGCAAUACUUUUUCCAAUGAUAAAAUAUAGAUUUAAAUAUCGAUUUUAUUUUUCUUUAGUAGUGUUCCGGGCCAAUUGUAACUCACACCCUUGCGUAUCUCUGCGCCGCAAAGUGUCUAUGCACUGCUACCUGACUGUGCAGGGUAAGUGAUGAGCAAGGCAGUACCAUAAGCUGACAGCAGGCCUGGAAUUUUGUCAUUUUAGGGGCAAGGCCACUUGGCUUUUGGUGUCAUCAACCUUUUGAGGGCCAUCCAUUUCUUCCGCUUAUCCGAGGUCGGGUCGCGGGGGAAGCAGCCUAAGCAGAGAAGCCCAGACUUCCCUCUCCCCAGCCACUU